CCCACCUUAAAACCCCUUGAGAACCACCUCCUCUCGGCUCCGUCACCGAGAUUGCUGGUUAGCACCCCGCCGGAAAGACCCAGCUCUGCCUCCAGCUCGUCCCAUGACCCAGUCUCUCUCCUCUUUCUCAUAUUUCUCCUUCUAUCUUCUCGACCACAUCCUACUUGCGGCUGCCUACUCCUCCCAUGAUCUCAUAUCCCCCCAACUGCUGCAGAAAGCCUCCUCGCCAAUCCACCUACCCACCGCCCAAUCAGACUCAUCGUGAUAGGCAUCGCCGCAUUAUUUCUCUCCGACUUCGACAAUGUCCUUGGUGACCUAAAAAAGCGGUUUUUCCUCGUCUGCAAGAUCAUCGCCAAGUUCAAGGAACAGACGACGCGUUUUUGGUUGGUUGUGGUGGUGACAAUCAGGUCGGCAACGUUGUGGGAUCAUCGGAGGGGCCGACCGGGACGAGGGCGGGCAACUACUCCAGACGGCAGGUUUGUUCGGCAUUGGGGCUCUCGUCGGCAAACUGCGUUAAUACUAAGAUUAUUCUUAUUGUGGGAAGAACUAAUUGCUGAAAAACAAUGGUUUACUGAGGACAACCAGGAGGAUGCAAGUGGUAGUUGCAACGCACUUGCCUAGGGCUUCUUGCGAGUUUGUGAUUGUCAGAGAUGGAGUGUUUGAUUUCGACCUAUAAAGAACUUGAAGCAGCUAAUUUGGAUGUUUUGUGCAGCUAUUAAUCCGCAUCGAGGAUAAAAGAAAAGCUUGUCAUGUGAGCUAACAUGCAGACAGUCACGUAAGUGGCUUAGCACCAAAUCUUUAACAACACGGUUUACUUUUUUUGAGAGUGGACGUUGACCACCGUGCAAACUACGAUGAGUGUUAUUAAAUAGAGUCAACUGGCCUUGGAAGGAUGCAGUAGGGCUAUUGAAGUCCAAAUACUCCAUUCAAAAGAAUAUUAUACUGAUGUUGUUGAAGGGUGAAUAGCUUCCUACGGAAGAUCCUGUGGAGCCAAGUAAUAUUUUCUGAUCUACGCAUAGGCACAACCAUGCCUCUCUACAAGUAGCCAAUCUAUUAAUGAAAUUUGACAUGAUGAAGCUUUCACCGGGCUCAUCUUGCUCCAUCCUCUCCUUCAGCCUCCUUCCAGUAUCACUCAUUGCCUUUCUCUUCUUCGUCAUAUACCCCAACGAAUUCCGCCUCCAAUCUUUACUUACCUCGAGCAGUCACUGCACCAACUCCUCUUCCAUUGCUGCCUUGGUCGAGUCAGUGACACCGAAGUCAGACUUUCGACUAUUGAUGGGUAUCCUCUCCCUCCCUGACAACUAUGAGCGUCGUCACCUCUUGCGCGAUGUCUAUGCCCUCCAGUUCAGAGACUUCCCCGGUGCUACCAUUGACGUGCGCUUUGUCUUUUGCAACUUGACCAAGGAUGAAGAACGCAUACUAGUGGGUGUGGAGAUCUUGCUCCAUAGAGACAUCAUAAUCCUCAAUUGUCAAGAGAAUAUGGACCGAGGAAAGACAUACACCUACUUCUCUACUGUGGCUAAGCUUUUCUCUCAUGCGCCCUAUGACUACGUGAUGAAAGUAGAUGAUGAUGCGUACUUUCGGUUGGGCAAGUUAGCAGAGUUGUUAAGGGAAAUGCCACGAGCAGAGGUAUACUAUGGGCUAAACAAUUGGUGCUCGACAAGGCACAAAGUGCCAGAGUAUAUGUUAGGGAUGGGCUAUGGAUUGUCAUGGGACCUGGUAGAGUGGGUGGCUACAUCAGACAUCCCGAGGAAGCAUGCAGUGGGGCCGGAGGACUUCCAAACAGGACUGUGGAUCAAGGAAGGGAAAAAUGGGACUAGGACGUUCUAUAAUAUGGAGCCGCGAAUGCAUGACUUCAAUGAAGAAGAGUCAUCCACAUGUUAUCGACACGAUAUGAUUCCAGAUUCCAUGACAGUCCACAAGCUCAAGAGCCGCCAACGGUGGGCGGCAACUCUAAGUUACUUCAAUGUCACUGCUGGGGUGUAUCCCUCCAAGCUAUACCAUUUGAAUUGAUAUCAAUUCAUGUUUUCCCUUUUUGUUUGUGUUCAUGUAUUAUUACUUAUAAACAUUCUAUUUGACUGAAUUCAUGUUGUCCUAUGAUUUACUUGAACCGUCAAACUUUAAGUAUGAUUCCAUU